AUGGGAUUUCAAAAUAGAGAUUCUCAGAUGUCUGGUAGUAGAGGUCGUGGUGAUUUUCGUGGUGGUAGAGGUGGUUCAAAUUCUAGAGGAGGUUUUAGAGAUAGAAAUAAUUCCAGUUUUGACAAAAGAAGUGACUUUAAUAAAUCUCCUAGAAGUUUUAGCAAUGAUAGAGGAGGUAUGAGAGGUAGAGGAAAUGACAGAGGAGGCUUUAGAGGCCGUGGCAAUGAUAGAGGUGGUUUUAGAAGUCGUGGUGGAGACAGAGGUGGUUUCAGAGGUCGCGAUAAUGACAGAGGUGGUUUCAGAAGUCGUGGUGGAGACAGAGGAGGCUUCAGAGGCCGUGGCAAUGAUAGAGGUGGUUUUAGAAGUCGUGGUGGAGACAGAGGUGGUUUCAGAGGUCGCGAUAAUGACAGAGGUGGCUUCAGAAGUCGUGGUGGUGACAGAGGAAAAUUUGGCGAUAGAAAUGGUCGCGGUGGAAAAUUUGGUAAUGAUAAUCGUAAAAGAAAAUUUCAAAAUGAGGAUGAACAAUUUAAAGUAGUUGAUAGUGAAUAUAACCCACUAAAUAAUGACGUUGAAAGUGAAGAUGAAUUUGAAACAUCUACUAAAUAUGCUAAAAUUGAAAAUGAGCAUUCAGAACUUGUAAAGCUUGCCAAAAAGAUGGGUGGUAAAGCUAAUGCUAAUAAAGAAAAAAAAGCUAUUGUUUCAUUCGAUGACAAUGAAGAGAAAAUGGAUGAGAGUGACAAUGAUGUUGAAGAUUCAGAUGAAGAACUAGUUGAAGAAGAGAUUGAUGAGGAGAUAAUUGAAGACGAAGAAGAGUUGGUAGAAAAUGAGGAAUUAGCAGAAGACGAAGAAUUAGGAGAGGAUGAGGAAUUAGAAGAGGGUGAAGAGUUGAUAGAGGAUGAAGAGGUUUCUGACGAAGAAGCAGAAGUUUCUGAAGAUGACUCUGAAAUAACAAAAACUCCAACUAAGGUAGUAGCUCAAAAUGGAAAUGGAAAAGUUAAAAAGGACGAGUCAUCUGAUGAUGAACCAGUUAUUCCUAAGAAAUUACCUGUUUCUGAAAACAAGUCUUCAUCUAAAUUUUCAAAAACUGUCGAGGAAUUACUUGGAGAAGAUAUGAAACGUCGUGAAGAACGCGAAAAAUGUACUUUAAGAAUUAAGACUCUUCCUCUUGAUACAACGGUUGAGGAAAUAAAGAAGUUGGUUCCAUCUUCAGUAUCUGUUAGAUUCACCAGAAAUAAAAAGAAAUGUAGUUGCUACUUAGUUUUUAAAACUGAAGCUAUUUGUAAGAAAGUACUUAAAGAAAUAUCUUCUAAAGAAAUCAGAGGUUGUAAAAUGGAAUCUCAUUGGUUGGGAAUCCGCGAUGUUCAGGGUCAAAAUAAAUUAUCAAAACAACCGUUAAAUCCAUUCGAAUUAUAUAUUGGAGGAAUGGCUAGUUUCACUCCAAAAUCUGCUCUCGAGAAAGCUUUUCCAGACGGUACUGUUAACAUUCAAACUGAUCCUCGUGGUGAACAGAAGAAUUUUGCAUUUGUUAAAUACACUACUGAACAAGCUGCCUAUAAUGCUUUUAAGAAGAAUUCUAAUUUGAUUUUAAAUAAUCAAUUGGUUGAUGUUUUUUAUGGAAGAUCAUGGAGUAUACCAACUAAAGUUCAAGAUGAUGCUUCAAAGACAGAUGUUGAGGUAGAAGAAAAGAAUGUUAAUGAUACCAAAAAAUCAAAGAAAGAGGAUUUGGUUGAAUUAAAUAAAAAAAGUGAAAAAUCACUUGAGUCAUCUCGUCUAAGAAAUGAUUCUGACACAUCUUCAAUUGAAAGUAUUGCUUCUUCAGGUGAAGGUAUAGUUGAAGUUGAAGGUGAGGAGGAUGAAGAUGAAGAGUUGUUGGAUGAGGAAAUGUUAGAUGAAGAAAUGUAUCUUGAAUCAUCCGAUGAAGUCGAAGAGGAGGAGGAAGAAGAAGGGGAUGAAGAUUAA